GGUGACGAUACUGAGAGCCAGCAGUGGGCAGGCAACGCGGCUCCGCUGCGGGGUGGCCCGCCGCCUCCCUGUACACACAGGUGUGGGGAGAGCCCGGGCCUGCCGAGGGAGUGGAGCCACGCACGGCCGGGCGGAGGUCUCCCCGUGUAGGUCUCACAGCGGGGCUGAGGGUUCCCACCGCCUGCUCUCUGCGGUGCUGAUGGGCGUUCCGCGAUGGACGCGGCUCCUCCACCGGCCCCGACCCUGGCCCCCGCCGCUCCGCUCCUGGGCUUGUCCCCGCUCGCAGCGCCGGCCGCGGCAGUUCGGAAGGAACCGCGAGGGGAAGCGGAGAACAAGUUGAAAUCAUCGCAGAAGGAUAAAGUUCGUCAGUUUAUGAUCUUCACACAGUCUAGUGAAAAAACAGCAGUAAGUUGUCUCUCUCAAAAUGACUGGAAGUUAGAUGUCGCAACAGAUAAUUUUUUCCAAAACCCUGAACUUUAUAUACGAGAGAGUGUAAAAGGAUCAUUGGACAGGAAGAAGUUAGAACAACUGUACAAUAGAUACAAAGAUCCUCAAGAUGAGAAUAAAAUUGGAAUAGAUGGUAUACAGCAGUUCUGUGAUGACCUGGCACUCGAUCCAGCCAGCAUUAGUGUGUUGAUUAUUGCAUGGAAGUUCAGAGCAGCCACACAGUGUGAGUUCUCCAAACAGGAGUUCAUGGACGGCAUGACAGAAUUAGGAUGUGACAGCAUAGAAAAACUAAAGGCCCAGAUACCCAAGAUGGAACAAGAACUGAAAGAACCAGCACGAUUUAAGGAUUUUUACCAGUUUACUUUUAAUUUUGCAAAGAAUCCAGGACAAAAAGGAUUAGAUCUAGAAAUGGCCAUUGCCUACUGGAACUUAGUGCUUAAUGGAAGAUUUAAAUUCUUAGACUUAUGGAAUAAAUUUUUGUUGGAGCAUCAUAAACGAUCAAUACCAAAAGACACUUGGAACCUUCUUUUAGACUUCAGUACAAUGAUUGCAGAUGACAUGUCGAAUUACGAUGAAGAAGGAGCAUGGCCUGUUCUUAUUGAUGACUUUGUGGAAUUUGCACGCCCUCAAAUUGCUGGGACAAAAAGUACAACAGUGUAGCACUAAAGGAACCUUCUAGAAUGUACAUAGUCUGUACAAUAAAUACAACAGAAAAUUGCACAGUCAAUUUCUGCUGGCUGGACUGAACUGAAGAUCAAUCCUCACAAUUCAGACAGAGGGUUGAGACAAAACUUUAAGGAUACAUCUUGGACCAUAUCGUAUUUCAUUCUUCUAAUGGUGGCUUGGGCUUGUCUUCUAGUCUGGCCGCUCUAAACAUUUAUAAUUCCAACAUUGUGGAUUUCAUCUUCUAUCUGUGGACCAUCCUAGUUUAUUCUCCCAUAAGUCUUAGAAGCUUUAUGGUGAUUAUUUUGAGGUUUUCAUUCUCGCAUAAAGCACAAUGCUGUCUUCAUCAGAAAACAGUUGGCAUAAGAAUUAAACAUAUGAACAUCACAAAACAAUUUAUAAAAACUUCUUAAAUCCACGCUUUGGGCUAGUUGCAAAGACUAUGCUAAUAGCACUUCCGAUGAGAGGGGUCUAUUUAAGUGUACUGGAUCUGGAAUGGGGUUUUGGUUUGGGGGGAAUAUUUUUUUUCCUGGCAAAUCACAUGUGUUGUUGAUGUGACUAGAGUAUCUGAUGAAAAACAAUGUCAGAAUAACCAACGUGAAGAUUUUUUAGGGUAACUUGGUGCCUACCUGAAAAAUGUAUUGUGUUUCAGACUCUUGAUUUCAAAAGGUUCCGCAGAACUAGUCUGUGCUUACCUUACCCAUGUUGAUAUAUCAUUGCCCUACAGGGAGCUUUUAUUUAGCAAAUGUCUGCAUAAUGUUAGAUUCUACUCCUGUCUACAUUAUGCACUACAUAAUUGGACUUCAUCAUGCUUUUGAAAUGCUUAUCUGCCUGUCACAUAAGUUAAACUAUUUAAUUUGUUUUGAAUGCUUCGGAUUGCUACACAAUACAAUAUUCUAAAUUUAGGCAUGAGGGUUUAUUUUUUGUUUUUACUUUUUUUUUGUCAUCGCACUAUGGAACACAAAUGAAAUUCUCUUUAAUUUAUAAGACGAUAGUAGAAGUAAAAUUUUGAAAAUGGUUGGAUGAGCCAUGAAGUUCAAUCUUGAUGAUAUAGGUACUGCUCUUUCAGACAAAUAGUCCAUUUUCGAUGACUUCUUAUUUUGUUGAAAUUGCUUUAACUGCUAAUCACUGUGGUUGCCAAAUAUUUACUUUAGGAGCAAAGAUUUUCAAACAAGCAUACAUGAUGCAAAAUACCAAUCUGGCUUCUAGUCUCUUUACUGUUUUUGUUUCACUCAGAUGAGCUCAGUUUUCUCAUCAAAGCAGAAUGCUAUCUUGUAUGUAUUAUUUUCAUUACAAGACCCAUGGGCUGCUUUUAUGCUGAAAAUGGUCAUUUUUCUGUUCACUUACUGAUAUGUGAAGAGGGUUUUUUGCUUUCUUGAACAUUUCCUCAAGGCAGGCUAGAAAUGCUAUACUUCAAAUGGUAGGUGAUUAUGGUCUUUUGAUAGGAAUAGAUUGUCCUUGGUAUAUCCAGGUACUCUCUCUAAGGUCUAGGGUUGAUAUUAACAAAGGAAUGUACUUCAGAAUAGCAGUACGUUUUAUGCAAACAUGAUUUUAAGAAACAAUGACCUAUUAAAACUGCUUUUUAUUUACAUGAUUUUGAAAUAGACUAGAAAGCUUUCCCUAUGGACAUAUUAAUAUUCAAUCAUAACUAAUUCAUGAAUGCAGUUUUACCAAAAGAAACAUUUGAAAAUUUCUAUUCAAGCUACUGGAAUUGGUUAUUAAAACAAAAAGGGAAAAGAGUAAUCCUGCUGCUUUCAGUGUUUCCCGAGUUCAUUUUUGUAAAUAUAAAGAGGAACUUCAAUUAUGAGAAAAUUUUAAAAGAUAUAUAUAUCUAUAUAUCUAUAUAUGUACUGUUUCCUGUCUUGAAGAUUUUGAGUGAUGGUUGUUUUCAGAUUGAUUAAUUCUCAUAUGCUGUGUUUUGAAAUGAGAUCCCAUUAGCUUUUUUUUUUUUUUUUUUUCAAUAUAAAGUGUUUUCUUUAAAAGUCUGAUAUUGGUUCGUGGCCUAGUGCCUUGGAUUUUACAUAUUUUUCUUUUUAAAUGCAAAACCUUUUCAACAAAAUAGUGUUUGUCAUCAGGUUGGUACUAAACAUUUAUAAUUACUGUGUAAUUAUAAACAAAAAUACAUAAAGCUUUGAAUAUAAUUAUGUAGCAUAAAAGUUAAGGUUGUUCACUAUGAUGGCAUCUUAGAAUUAAAUGACUUUUACUAGGGCUGAAAAGAGAAGACUGAUUUAAUGUGGUAUGAUUAUUCUGAAGAUGAAUGUCUGGUUACAGGGAAUAUUUUGUACUAAAAAAUGAUUACACAUAUGGCUGUGUGUGUUUGAGUCUGUGUCUGCGAGAGAGCCGGAGAGAGAGAGAUUGACAGAAAGGGAGAGACACACACCCCCACUUUGAAUCGCUUUAAUUCCUAAGUGUUUCAGUCCUCAUUUCGGUCAGCUCCCCAUGCUGAUUCUUUGUUUUCAACUGAACCAUAGGUACAGUUUCCUUUUUGCCAAAUGUCAAAAAGGUACACAUUUUAAAAUGUAAUGCUUUUUCAAUAGUAAAAUGUAUAAAAUUAGAAGUGCCCACAUAUUAAAAAUACUUGAGAUGAAGAUUAUCUUUAGUGAAUAUCAUCUGCAUAUCUCUGUAAGUUCAACUGUGUUUCUUACAGUCCCUGUCGUAUUACCAACAGAGGCAAUAAAAGCUUCAGUGAAAUUGCCAUGACUAAA